CUACUUUGGCCAGGGCUUCGUCUCGCGAGCGUGAGAGGAUUUCUUCCUCGGACGGUCCCGCUAGCGAGACGAGACGACACAUCGACGCUCAUGGAGGGAUUGUGAGGAAUUUGCCGGUUUGGUUUUGUUCGUGCGCUGAUGAGAGAGACAGUGUCCCGAUCGAUCGAGAGGAGUCGUAGAAGGAGAUCAGGAGCAGCAGCAGCAGGAGGAAUGCGGAAGCGGGAGGCAGUCGAAUUCGCGUAAUUAUUUUCUUUGCGUUUAACUCUCAACUCCGUCGAGCGAGUAAGAGGAAGACGAGGAAGACGAGGAGGAGGAGGAGGAGGAAGAGGAGGAGAGGUUCUGAACGAUCCGACGACGAGACGAAACCCAGGACCCCCAGAGGAGGAGACAAGAGCACCACGGAAUGUGCAGGGAAUGGUAGACUCAUGCCCCCCAUACAAGGGCAAGUACGAGGAUUCGAUAAUGGCUGUGCCGGCGAUUGGCCGUCUUUAUGCUCUCACAAGCCUGCAGAUCGGGGAUGUUCAAUCGUAUGUGUCUAGGCUUUUCCUGCUAGUGGCCUACGAAGGUUUGAAGCUCGUAUUUCUUGUCGAUAACGGCCCUUGGACAGGAAACGCUCGACGCUCCAGGCCAGCAGAGCUAUGGCAACUUAUGGUCACCAAGUCAAGGGGAUCACCCUUCGCCAAUCGGUUGCGCCACUACUCUAUGGGAGACCAUGGAGACCAUGCCGUGGAUACCGGCCACCAUAGACUUCUAAAGAGAGAGAAAACAGAUAUCAGAUUAGGAGCUGAAAAGGAGAAAGAAGAUGGCUGGCUAUCGUUACUAGACGCCUUGCAGCGAAGCUGUAAGGAGCGAGCCCAGCUGAAAAAACCAUCUCAUGGUUUGCACGGUUGCGUAGCUUUUGAAGUGGCGUGGGCUGAUGUGCGGGGCAUUAACUAUCUGAACGAACUUCAGACAGAUACUUGCGUCGGACUGGAAGUUAGAGCUAUGGUUAAACGGGAGUUUGACAGUCUGGAGCAGGCUCAAGCCUGCUAUGCCACCAUAUUAUCCGGGUCGAAAGAUGUGGGCCCAAGUUUGAGUGUAGCUAAAAUACUUAACGGAAAGAAUGGCAGCACUGUUGUUAGAUGCAGUAGUCUGGAUACAAACGUACCAGGACUAGUUUCAGAAGGGUCGCGAGCAGUCAGAGAGAGGGUUCCCUCGACUGUUAACUUGCACCAAGGUGCCAAGAACAUGGAGGAUUCACCGACAGGACGAGCUUCUGGAGCAGGAGACAAGCAAGUAAAAAAGAGACAGCUAGAGGAAACUAGUUGGCCUUGUGAAAGUCGGGCAGGUGCCCACGUCACAGGGGAAUACGGCAGGGCCUACUUCAACUCUUUGAGUUCUAGAUUUGGCAAGCGUCCGGACUUGGAACAGGUUACUUCUUCAUGCUCCGAGUAUUUCACUCCUCCGUCCUCCCCAUUCAGCGGACAGCCUUUCCAAAAGCAGGGUCACAGUCAGUUUAAACCUUUCAGCUCUCGCCAGUACAAGGAUUCUAAAAAGUCGCGUAUCUGGCCUGUUGAGGUUUGCGAAGCAGAGGGAAGAGAAUCUCUGGCUGAAGGGAGGACAUCUUCAGAACCAGUGAGCACAUUCGGUAUGGAGAAAUCGAAAACCUUUGUCGACCGGAGUCAGCGUUCGGGCGUGGCCAGCAAAAGUUUCGAAAGAAACAGGUCGUUUGAGCGCUGUUCCAGAUGCAGGCUGCUGAGAGAAGGCUCAGCUAUGCGCGGUUCACAAGAAUGCUCGAAAUGUAGUGGCAUGCCAGAGGUGAGACAAGAGCGAGUCUAUGUCCAUCCAGCUAGACUCAUCGCGCCAGCUGAAACUUAUCGAGAUACGCUCAUUCUAUUCAGGUUUUCCGAGCCUUUGCUUCCACUGGAGUUGCGGCGAAUCAUAACGGCAGAUCAACGACUGUUGAAGAUGCUUGAGUCGGGGCUUCCUUCUUGGGUUAUUUUCAUGCAGUCUUAUCCAAUUUUGUGCCAACUAUAUCGUCCAUGGAUGCGUCCUUUAUGUGGGACUAUAUAUUACCUUAUCUCAGUAGUUACCGUGCUGAUAGGCUUUUACGAUCUUUACAAAAAUGUUCCCAUUCUCAAGGCCACUGCCGCGCAUAUAUGCGGUCCUCUUUUUGAGAUGAUAGAAGAGUGGGGAAUGGUUUCGCGACUCAAGUACUUGGGCACGAUGUUAUUUCUUCAAAACUGUGAGAAGGCAUUUGAGUGGGCAGUAGCUGUCAUUCGAGCUUUUCGACAGAUAUCUACGUUAGUUAUGCGACCGGUUCUUCAGCCUCUAAUUGCAUUCGGGGAGACCUUCAUGCCGGUGUGGGAAGGAGUUUCGAUUGGAGUACAGACAGUGUUGCAGUUAACCUCUUCAACAUUCUCGUCUGUAAUCGUUGGUGUCAGCAGUGUGAUAAGCAUACUGGUUUGGCCUAUAGUCGCUCUGUUCAACAGUCUUUGGUACCUCGGGAUGGCUGUCUUGUACCCAAUGUUUUCUGCUAUUUGGACCAUAUUCAUACUUCCGAUUCAGCUUGUGAAGUUUCUGGGUAGUCUCGUAUCAGCGCUAUCUUCUGAAGUGAUGGAUGGCUUCCGAAACAUAGGUAGUGCUAUUUACAAUGGCGUGCAGGUUCUUAUCGCGACUGGACAACCUGCAUUGCAGUCAUUCAAAGCUGUCAAGUCAUCUACUCCAGGUCCGUCUUUGUGGAGAACUCUAUGGAACGAUAUCUUCUCCAAGGUCUUUCAUGCAGUCGGGAGCAUAGUGAAAGGUCUUCUUGCCUUUUUUACGGCUUGCAAUCGGCAUCGCCUUAGUAUAUAUAAUCACGUGGUGGACUUUCUCAUUCAAGUUAGCUACAUGCUUAAAUCUGGCCAAUAUGCGGCUUCAACGGCAUGUCGACAAAUUUUUCCGCUGCCUGAACUAAGUAAAUCAGGCUCAGCAAUUUUCGUGGAUGAGGUGGAACCAGAGAUGGAGAUGGACGAUUAUACCCAGUACUCCAGAGAAAUUCCUGGCUUGAGGACUAGAUACAAAGGAGAUACUCUUUCGGCCCCUCUAUUAUUGAUACACUCAGAUUCCUCUUCUCCACAAAUUCUUAAGCGCAGUUCAUGUCACUUUUUAUGAGAUUAAUUUUAGCUCACAAGAAACAUAUUGGCUGCUACUUUGCAUCCACUUAGUUGAACCACCUCAUCCUUCAACCUAACCACAAAUUAAUCUGAGCCUGUAAAAUAGUGCUUGUCCGAUUGUAAUUUAGCUGUCAAAAAUUUAUCAGGCUGCUUAAAGCUUUUGUCCUCACUAGGGCUUACCACUAACUCCUGCCUCAUGAAUGGUUUCAGCCCUGUACAAUACACGAGAGUUAGGAAACUCGAUAGCUUGCUCUGCUCUUUACCCAUAAAUGUGAAGCCCGCUGAUCUGAUAUGUUCCUGUUAUCACGAAGUCAUCACAUAGCCAGUCACUUCCUCAGUUGAAGUUGCGUAGCCUUCAAGGUCAACAUGCGUUGUAAUGAUAAAUUCAAUUGUCAGUCCUAAUAAAAUCCAUGAUGCCACUCUGGUGGGAAGUACUCCACCGGGAAUUUUUGUUAAAGUUUUCGGAUAAAUUUUAAGAGUACCACUUCCACUGGUUUUUAGGAGGUCUCUUCUGGAAAUUUGAGAUACGCACUGCAUCGAACGUUUUUUUUUUUCCAUAUGUUCUUUUGCUGUGGGAAAUUGUCAAAUCUCCCUUUCUCUCUUUAAUUAUGCCACCUUCUGGAUUAUUGUGUGAAUUCUGCUCCUGCAGCGUCCAUCUUCCCUACUUGACCUGACUUCUUUUUUUCAAGUAGUGCAUCCUCGUUCUUGUAUACGUUUCAAUUGCAAUAGAAUACGAGUUGUUGCGGGUGGCUUGAUAAUUGGUAUCUGGCGCGAGAAAGACCUUCGAGUUUCUUUCUCCGUUCUUGGGCUUUUGUGAUUGUUUGUUAUCUUUGCCUUGUACUCUACGACAGGGUGCUUUCGAUAAUUCUUCACCUAAAAAUUAUCCACCGUAAUCUGGCUACCGCUCCUCAUGAGCUGGCUUUUCAAAGAAGGAACAUUUUGACACUCUGCUUUCAAUGAAGAAAAGGACUUUUAUUAUAGAGUAAAGUCCUGUUCAUCGUUGGAGGGCAGAACUGGAAGUGGUACUGCCAUUUAUCAUGUGCCAUCAAUGAAGGAAGUCAAGGCCGAAAAUUCAUGACUUGCAUUUUUCGAGUCCUUACUUCCAUAUCUCGGCCAAUCAUAGAAAAAGGUGGGCCUCGAAUUGCCAUCAUGUCAUUGAUUGUCAUCUGAGGACAGUGCCCACCUUUCCUUGUUUCUAUGGUUUCUACCGGGGCUUGGCUCGAGUACGUCUGCCUCAGUCAUUAUACCGCUUGACCUGGAGGUCUAUGUCUUCAUAUUCCCAAUCCCGGUUGUCAUGUCUGCGCUACUCUAUAUAUAUAUAUAUAUAAAGUCAAUUUUGAAAGCUCGCCUAAAAAUAUAGAUUACAAUAAUUAGCUAUUUUUUAUCCAUGCAGAUCACAGUCAGAAUGAUGAGAGCACGUAAUACUCAAAUGUAUGAAUCCAAUCCUCCUAAGCUUUUCAUCUCUUCAUUUCAGGGAUGAAAAUGCAGUAUUAUGUAUUUCUAAAUUAUAAUGAUUGUGUGCAUGCACAAUACAGUUAGAAUCCAAGGGUGUACUUUCCUUCGCCUUUCUUUGCUAUCCACUUGGCUCCCUCCCUAUUGCCAUGUCUAAGUCUUCUAGUUUGGAGCGUACAAGAUAAUUAGCCACACUGGAACAUACACUCUUGGGUAAAGGAUUUGUAGAACAUUUCCGAAUCAGAGGUAAUGUAUGAAUUUACAUUGCGACCUUAAAACAUGAGGGUCCUAAAUAUGACGCAAAAUGAUUAUGCAUACAUGACAUCUAAUCACAUGCAAGUACUUUGGCUAGCAAAGAGUGCCAUUGAACACUUGUUUUCUCUGAAAAAAUUUCUUUGAAUACAAUCUGAUAUAUAAGUAUGUAUCCAUCAAAUGUGUCAAUACACAUGCCUGAAAGUAUGUUUCAGUUAUGUGAAGUGUAUGCAUCACAUUUGUAACGAUACAUUUGCUUUUGUUACACAAUUAUUGAAUUAUUUUUACAUAAUUUGAUUGUAAGUUUAUAUACAAAUAAUUUAGUGUAAGAUACAAUAUAUAUGACAAUCUAAUGACUAUGAUCUUUAUAUAAACUUGGAGCUAAUUUAUUUUACUUCAUGUUGAAGUUAAUUCUGAUUAAGUAAUAACCUCGUGUUUUAAUUGUUUUUAGCUAAGACAAUAAUUGGAACUGUAGGUUAAAUAACCCAAGUUAUGUUUAUUGUUUAAUCUUCUUUCUCCGUGAAGUCAACUAUAUAUAAAUCUUUUAGCACUUCCAUCUUCGUCAAUUCCGAACACGGUGGUGGUUUUGUCGUAACUCUUUU